AUGGGUCUCAUUGAUUCAGUCUAUAGAGCAUUUUCCAGAAAAGAUGAAGAUAUGGCCAAACAUUCGUCGGGAAAGACAGAGCUUACUAACCGCCCCAUUCGCAAGUACAUUCUGGUCAGUGAGGUGAAGAGCAUAUCGUCAGAUGAAUCAAAUACUCCCGUUUUGAAACUAAAGAGAUUGCGUGGAAAAGGUUCACCAAGAGUUCUCAAGACUCCGACAACAAUUGAACUUUUGAGGAGGCGAAAGCCAUCACCACCCCCAAAUAUUUUUUCAAUGUCAGACCCGAAUGGGCAUUUAAGGCAAACCUCUUCUUCCCUAACAACUGACACCGAAUCUCAUAAUGCCUCGAUGAUUAAAUCACCACAUUUUCAUUCAGAAGGUACACCCAACACUCCAGACGAGUCGUCGAAAGAAGUCCCGAGCCAACGAAAAGUCAAUUCAUCGUUUCAAAACUUACCAGGUGCAGCCAGAUUGGAGAGUGGUCAUCUACAACAGGAGGAGAAAUCUAUUUCACAGAGGCUACAAGAUGCUUUUGUUGAAGAAGGGAAACAAAGUUUGCUGAAUAAAACGCCCAAAAAUGCGACAGGGAUGGCAGUAGAGAAAGUGCAAGAAAAAGUUCUGGAUAAAGACCUACUGGAAGUUCUUGACAAAGACCGAGUGAAGCCCCUUGAUAAACAUUUAGUAGCAAUUCUCCACAAGGAGCCAGUGGAAGCUCUGGAGACAAAACCCAAAAAUGCAACAGAAAAACCGGCGCAGCAAGAAGAAGAGCUUUCAACUUCACUACUAAACAAAUCAAGGGGAACAUUACCGCCCUUGCGUGAAAUCUCACCAACGGUUCAUAAAAGGAAGAGGGUUAUUUGCAAGGAUUCUGACCUUUCUAUUACAGAGUUGCCGACGCUGAAAGAAAGAGAUCAGAAAGAUUUACCUCUUCAGAGUAAACGACAUAAGCCACUAGGAACCGAAGUGGUUUCAAAUGAUCAAAAACAAGCUCCUAACCAGAUGGACAGUGAAAGGAAUGCGGUGUCUAUGACCAAAGAAGGAGCAGCAGGUGAGCGAGCCUCGCUUCUUGGAUUAGACACACGCGCCCUCACAGCCAGCAAAUUGAACCAAAUCGAUAACCAUGACAGUAGCAUACAUCAAGGUAGAAAACACGUAAAGAUAAAAAUUCGCCUGAAGCUGUCUAAAAGAACCAGUAUCCCACCUGAAGCCAUCGACUUGUCCAUAUUUGAUCUGGAUGAUGAAAAACAGUCAGCGAGAAGUAAAGAUUCAAAGCUUUUAGCGAGGGAAAUUCCAAAACCAAAAGAAACAAUGGCACAGAAAAUCAAAAGACUAAACAGGAUCCGGAAGGCAGCUAAGGAAGCAAGUUUGGAACAACAUGCAAAGGGAAAGGUGCCAAUGGCAGGAAAAAAUAAGGUUUUUUCACCAGUCGAUAUUCAAGUGUUGACCCUGCAUGCAUUUCUCAACACAGCUCAGCAACAGACCCCAGAGAAACCCAAAGAACUGGCAAAUCAAAAUGAGGAUGCAUCCCAUAAAAAAACAACAACGAGCCUUGAGGCGUUGGCAAAGGAUAAUUCUACGAUUGUGGAUGGACGCUCGCAAGCCCUUGCUAGCUUGAAUGGUAAACAGAGAGAUUUAUCAAGUGACAGAGUUGUGCAUAGCGAAAACAGUAUUAAUACAAUUGGCGAAUACUCACACAAGACUACACCAAAAAGUCAACAAAGAGUGGAAGAAGAUACGUUAGAACCUGAUUCAACAAAUUUUGGACUUGAAACCAAUGCACGUGAUGUCUCUGAAGCGCUAAGAAGUUUCUUUGUGCUUGACCCGCACCCAAAAAGGACUGCUCGUGCUACAGAUGUUGAAAAAAUUGAAUCUUCGACUCAGGAUACGACUCUACGUCAGGAAACCGAUAGUGGCAGACAAAACGCAAAUGGAUAUGGCCUAGCGUUUGUCAAAAAACAGUUUCGGACACAGACAGGACAUUUAGGGGAACAUGGGCUGAAUGAAGGGACUGGCGUUGAAGGUGAGUCGAGUAUCAUCGAGAACAAAGACACCAAUGGACGUUUGAAGACGAACAUAUCCCUGAAGUCUAUUAAUCCCAAGAAGAAAACAGGAGAAGGAAACUCAAGUCAGUUAGGAGUACCAUCAAGUACCACCCAGUUUACUGAAAAUGAACACUCUAAUAGAGCAGGUGCUGAACUCGAUUCACAAAAAGUGAUGCGUGCAGAAAACAGUCCUAGACUGAGAAGAAACAAACGAGUCUCUAAAGUGCGAAAUAUGCUACGUUUGCUGAAUUCAUCAUCUGAAGAAGGUUCGAGCUCUGAGGAUGAAGACACGAUACUGGUAAGGAUUCAGUCGCGUCGUCAAUUAAGACAGAAUACGGCAGAUAGAAGACGCUCUAGCUUAGUUUUAAAAGCUUCACACUUUGAGAGGAGCUUAAUCGAAGAGAUAGAACAAACCAGUGGUUCAGAAUAUGUGUCAUAUGGCGAAAGUAAGCUGUCUUCAAGUGAAGAGUUAUUUACAACUGCACCAGAAAGUGCCCCAAAAACACAGCAAAGGGUAGUAUCCGGCUCAAGUGGUGUCGAAACCAGUGGAGAUGAGCUGAUAGUGGAGGGAGAAAUUAGAAGUAGCAAUAGUAAAGAACUGUCGCAUCCAGCUGAUCCUGCUGCUAAUUCAGCAAUGGCCAGUGAGAUUCUGGCUGUACUUUCCAACGCGGAGGAGAAGUCCCCAUUUUCAAACAUGUCAGAUUUGGGCCGUGAACACAAUGCAGAUGACGAAAAUGAGGUUGAGGUGGAGAGAACAGUCUCACAGGUGUAUUCACCAAACCUUUACGCUGGACACGCUAGUAGUCAGUCUGCUCACCACAAUUCUAGCCAACUGGUUCAUUCUCCAUCUGAGAAGCGAAACGGCAUGCAUGAAACCGACAUCAUGUCUGCACCAAAGGGCAGCAUAUCAGAAGACGAAGAAGGAGAAAAGGGUGCUGAUGACGACAGUUUCAAUAUGUCCAUGAUAGCUACCUCAAUUGAUGAUAUCAUUGCCAAAGACCUGAACAAAGCCCAGAAGAAGAAAAAGCGGUUUAAUAUCGGGAAAAAAUACUUGGCCGGCAGUAUUAAGGAGAAGAGACUAAGCAAUACGAAGAAUUUACGUGAUACUCAAAAUAGUCCAUCAAAUGAUAUCUUAAAUAUGCAUUCUGAUGCCCAGACAAAAGAGGAACUGGAUAGUAUCACCAAAAUUGAGCUAGAUCUUGCCAGAGAGAUGUUGCGUAAUCUUAGUAAGAAGAAGGUGGACGAUAUCGCACACGUAACGAAACCGAAAACAAACAAAGCCAAUGAAAGUAGGAAAAGAAAGAAGCAAAGAAAAAUAGCGAAAGCUAGAGGUAAAGUCAGCGGUGUAUGA